AUGGUGAAGAGAAAGGUUGCCGCGCUCGAGAAAAUCGACGCCGAUUUCCCAGCCUCUGCCUCUGAGGCAACGCCCAAAGCAAAUAGAGCUAACGCCCCUAGAUCAUACAAAGAUGAAUUCCUAAAACAAUGGGAGCAGUACGAGUCCCAGCGCGAAAUCUUCCUCACCUCUCCGACCACCGCCUCGGCCGACUCGAUCGAGUCCUUCCACAACAUGGUGGACCUCAUGGCGCACAUUGCCGACUGCUACCCAGACGUCAUGGGCCGCUUCCCCGGGGACCUCGAGGCGAUCCUCUCGCAGCACCACACCAUCCUGCACCCGGAGCUGCGCGAGAAGAUUGUCGGCAGCAUGCUGCUGCUGCGCCGCAAGGAUGUCGUCGACUCCGCCACGGUCCUGCAGGCGCUCUUCCCCAUCCUCGUCUCCUCACCGUCCAAGUCGCUGCGUGCGCUCGUCUUUAGCAAGAUCCUCAGCGACCUGCGCAACUCCAACACGAAGUCCAUCAACCACCCGCUCAACCGCACCAUCCAGACGGUCCUGUACAACCUCGUCACCGCCGACCGCGCCUCCCCGCGUGCCAUCUGGGCCAUUAAAAUCACCCGCGAGAUGUGGAAGCGCCAGCUCUGGACCGACGCCAAACCUGUCGACGUCAUGAAGGAGGCGUGCCUCUCGGAUAAUGAAAAGGUCGUCAUCGGCGGCGUGCGCUUCUUCCUCGGCGGCGACAAGGAGCGUGAGGAGCUCGAAGACGAGAGUAGCGACGACGAGGUUGACCUCGCCAAGGUCAAGCACCAGGUCACCAUCAACAAGAAGACGCGAAAGCAUAAAAAGAACUACUCCAAGGCCCUCGAAAAGGUCAAGCGCCAAGACCGCAAGAAGCAGGCUCCUCAUCCCCUUAACUUUUCCGCUCUGCAUCUGCUGCACGACGCGCAGGGCUUUGCUGAGCAGGUCUUCUCCAAGCACCUGCAGAACACAAAAGCGAAGUUGUCACUCGACUCAAAGCUCCUCGUGCUGCAGCUCGUCACGCGUCUCGUCGGUCUGCACAAGCUCACCAUCGUGCCGCUGUACUCGUGGUUUAUCAAGUACCUGACGCCGCGCCAGCAGAGCGUCACCUCGUUCCUGGCGUCCCUCGCGCAGGGAACACACAACCUGGUACCUCCUGACGCUCUCGAGCCGCUGAUUCAGAAGAUUGCCAACGAGUUCAUCUCAGAGGCGUCGGCGGCCGAGGUGGCAGCGGCGGGCCUCAACGCGAUCCGUGAGGUGUGCGCGCGCCAGCCGCUGGCCAUGACGGACACGCUGCUGCAGGACCUGGUGCAGUACAAGAAGAGCAAGGAUAAGGGCGUCAUGAUGGCGGCCAAGGGUCUGCUGUCGCUGUACCGCGAGGUCGGCGCCGAGCUCCUACGGAAGCGCGACCGCGGCAAAGAUGCCUCCAUGGGCUUGCGCAGCGGCAUCCAGAAGCAGCACAUGUUUGGUGAGGAGGCGCCCGGUGGCAUCGAGGGCCUCGAGCUGCUCGCCAACUUCAAGCACGAGCAGCGCCGGCGCCGGCUCGCCGAGAAGGGCCUGGCAUCGGACGCCGAGUCGGACGAGGAGGAUAAGCAGGAAGCUAAUGAUGACGAGUGGGAGGUGGCGUCGGACGACAGCAGCGAGUCGGGCGACUGGAUCGCCGUCAGCAGCGACGACGAGGCGGAGAUUGGCGCCCCGAAGCAGACGAAGCGUCCCCGCACCAGCAAGUCUGCUGAAAACGGAGACGAAGCGGACGCGGAAGAGGCUGCAGCUGCCACCGCCGCCGCCGCCGCCGAGCACGAGGACGAAAUCGCGCGAAUGAUGAAGCUCGCGACCACGACGGUGCUCACGCCGGCCGAUCUCACCAAGCUCGCGGAGCUGCGGACCAGCGCGGCGGUGCAGCGCGUCCUCGGCGGGCGCGGCAGCAAGCACCCGACCGGCAAUGGCGGGCACGAGGACCGGCACCGCGACGAGGGCCUGACGGCGGAGCAGAUUGAGGCGCCGGCGCGCCUGCGCAAGCUGACCAAGGAGGAGCGCGUGGCGCUCGCGCGCGAGGGCAAGCCCGACCGCGAGGAGCACAAGAGCACCCAGGCCAUGCGCAAGGCCAAGCUCCAGGCCGCCGGCAAGUCGACGUCGAACCGCGAAAAGGAGCGCAAGAAGAACUUCCUCAUGACGAUUGGCAAGGCCCGCAGCAAGCACAAGCGGAGCCUGGUCGAGACGAAAAAGGUGCUCCAGGGCCAUGUGCAUCGCAGCACGCGUGGUGGGCGUCGGGCCAACGGCACGUAG